GGACCUACUUCCGGACACGACCUGGCGCCAGCCUCUCCUCCCAGCUUGCAUUGCAGUUUCCGCCCGCUAGCCCCUCUCUGUCUUACUUCCUUGCUUCCGAUUAGCCUGAAACUAUUCUCCCUACAUGCACUGGGCUCCUGAGAGGUUACUAUUGGUUGUGGGGCUCGGCUUUUCUUGGAGGCGGUGAGAAACCAGAAUCAGGAUGCCUGAGAAUCAAGGAGCAAGCCUUAAAAGCCAUGAGAGCCUUCCUGGCACCCCUAAUGGAAAUUCCGUGUUAUGUUUUGGGCAGUACCAGUACACAGCAGAUGAAUACCAGGCCAUCCAGAAUGCUCUAAGACAAAGACUGGGCCCUGAAUACAUCAGUAGCCGACAAGCUGGGGGUGGCCAGAAGGUGUGUUACAUCGAAGGUCAUAGGGUCAUCAGUCUGGCCAAUGAAAUGUUUGGCUACAAUGGCUGGGCUCAUUCUAUCACACAGCAAAAUGUGGAUUUUGUUGACCUCAAUAAUGGCAAAUUCUACGUGGGGGUCUGUGCAUUUGUGAGGGUCCAGCUAAAGGAUGGUUCAUAUCAUGAAGAUGUGGGGUAUGGUGUUAGUGAAGGCCUAAAGUCAAAGGCUUUGUCUUUGGAGAAGGCAAGAAAGGAGGCAGUGACAGAUGGCCUGAAGCGAGCACUCAGAUGCUUUGGGAAUGCUCUAGGGAAUUGUAUCUUGGAUAAGGAUUAUUUGAAAUCUUUAAAUAAGCUUCCACGACAGCUCUCAUCUGAACUGGACUUAGCAAAUAUCAAAAGACAGGACUUUGAACCCUCUGUGGAGCAGACAAGAUAUAGCUGCCUAAAGACCAUGGUUCCUGCACCCCCCCAGGCGAAGGAGGUGAUGUCCCCUUGUGGUCCAGGUGGCUCAGAGGCUCCUGUCAUCGUGACAGAGGGCGAGCCAGGGAAUGGCUCAUGCAGAACCAUCUUGUCCUUGGAGGGGGAUGCCACAUACCAGCGGAAGCUUCGGCAAAAGCAGUUGCAGCAGGAGUUCCGGGAGCAGAUGGAGAAGCAACAACAGCAACAGCAACAGCAGCAGCAGCAGCAGCAGCAAACAACAGCUCUUCCUUCAGGGUCAUUUCAGAGUCAUAGUAGAUCAGAAAAGCCAGCAGCGGAGCCCCAGAGGACAAAGAGUGGAGGAGCACAAGGAGGACUUGGAAUACUUCCCUUGAAGCACAGUACUCCUGUGGUUGCUAUCCCAGGGCUACUCACUGAGGAUGAAUUCCUUGAAGAUGACCCCGAGAUGUGGGAUCUCCCCUUGGAAGCGGCAGACACCGAUGCUGUCAAACCUGAGCAGGGCUCAGGUCCCAGUUCCCCACAUCCCCCUGCCAUGCCCAACUUAAAGAAUCACAUGCCAGGUUGGGGCAAGAAGCCUCCGGAGCCGCGCCACCCGAGGCCCACUUUCUCAGGAAAUUGUAGCCCUUAUAGGAAAAGCCAGAGCCUGAAAAAAAGAAGAUUGGAUUCCCAUUGAUUGGGACUUGGAACCCUUAAAACAUUGGGCCAUUUAAGAAACUAGGAAAAUACCCAAAGGAGGCCACGCAGAAAAGCACUUUAAACCUCCUUCAUGGUCCUGAGACUGGAAUUAGAACCAGUUCAACUCCCUACAAUUUUCUUUCAGGGACACAAGUCUUGCUCUCUUGGAUUUAAUCAGACUUUAGUCAAAGCAUUUUCCGAAAAUGGUGGUUUUGAGGUACCAUCUUGUGAGUUUUGAUACUUCCUUUUAAUCAACCAGGUUUCAGUGCCUGUCUUCUAACUAACUAUACUACCGACAAAACUUAGGAAGUCGACAUUUUUAGAACCUAUUUGCUGUGGAAGGAGUGCCACUCAAUCAGAACCCUGUAAAUCUUGUAAAUGGAAUCAGCUUGGUUAACAGUGGUCCUUAGGUAUGAAGGUAUGAACCCCUCCUUUUGCAGUUUGCCUUUCUUAAGAGCUACAACACUGUUAAUAAAAUACAGAUUUUUUUUAAUGAAUUGCUAGUUGGCAGCUUCCAUUAGUAAGCACAUUUUCUCAGCUAAGAGUGGGAAACCAAGCCAGUUUGACAAACUUACCUUGAGAGCAAAGAGCUUUGCUGCAAAUUUCUGCUCCCCUUGGGCCAUUUUUUUUCCUUCACUUGAGAUAAUCACCUUUUAUAGCACCCACAGCCUGCAUUUAUUUUCCUUUUAACACUUUGAAGCAAAAUCAGUACGAGAUUGUUAGACUGACAACUUUCCAGUAUCUAAGGCUCUAGUAGAAAUCUUUGGGUUUGUUGAGACCCAAAGUGAGCACAGCUGCUUCCUAAAGAGCAUGGGAUAUGUCACAGGGUGGUUCAGCAACAACUACUAAAACCACCUAUCUUUGGAGUUACUGUAAUAAUCUACUUUUAAAACCCAACACUCAGUAAGAAUCCCUACUUCUUGACUUCUGUCUCCCUCUCUUCCACUUCAAAUCACUCUUAACAAUUACAUCUGAAAUGAGAACCACCGUAAAGCAUUUAUUAAGGGAUUGCUGUCUGUGAGGCACUCAUUAUAAAUAAGCACCUACCUCAAAGGUUCAUUUUAAGGAUCAAGUCAGGCAAUAUGCUUUUGAAAAACUCAAUGUGCUAUGUAAAUGCUGAUGAGGAUUAUGGUUUUUCCUAUACAAAUCAACUUUCAUGUAUACUUUGCAUUCUUCCUACAUUCCCUUCCUACCCUCCUGGUCCCCAGCUCUCAGGACUUUUAACAUCCCCAGUGCCUACCUAGCACAUAAUCUGCGUUAUGGGAAGACAGCUUGACCCUCCAAGAACUUUGGAAAACAUUUAUCAUGCAAUAUUACAUCUACCUAACUUUUAAUAUUUUUAUCCCUCUACAAUAUUGAUUGUAGCUAUGCGCAAUUAAUAAGAGCAAGACUUUUUCUAUACACAGCUACUUAUAAGGGCAUUGCUUUGAUCUAUUACCCUGGAGAAAGAAACUAUCCAGUUUGGGCUGUAAUCCUCCCAAUCAAGCAUCUUGGAAUACCUGUCCUGUUACUCUUGAUGUUCUUCUCCGUGGAUAAGCUUUCUUUUGUCACUCUUGUGCCUGAAAGGAAAAAAAGGAAAUCCUGUCUCUCUAAUGUAGUCUUAACUAAGGGCUUGAUUUGCUGUAUGGAGAAAUUUAUAUUAGCCUGGGGUCUUAGAAAUCAGGCCACCAGAACUCUGGCAAACUGGAAAAAAGGCUGCAAAUGAACCUCACAGCUCAACAAAAGCAAGUUUGGUUUAUUUGAAUGGUUUCAUUAAAUAAGUCUACAAAGGUAACAAACUGCAGCGCAAAGCGCAAUCUUACAAGAAGCGCGACGGCCAGUUAGUGCAAAAUGUACAAUUAACGGCUGCUCAGAAACCCCCAAGGUUUGAAUUCAUUUUAUUUUUUUUACAGUGUACAUUGUUAAAUAAUGUAAAGAAAACAUUUGUAAUUAAGAAACAGUUUUUUUAAAUGUGGAAAAAGAUACUCAAAGUGUACUAUUAACACAAAAUAAUUUAAACAGUUCAGUAGCAUUAGUUUAUUCCUCUAGGUUUCAGUUAUUUCAUCCACAGGUGGGAAAUCAAUAGUAAAUAAAAACCAGUUCUUGGUAAAUGUUUAA